AUGGCUUUCAAGAAAUCAUCAGGGAAACUGUCACAAGCAGCACUUUUGAAGCAGAUAGUAAAGAGGUGUUCGAGUUUGGGUAGGAAACAGCAGCAACACUACGACGAUGUCCCCAAAGGACACUUUGUUGUGUACGUUGGUGAAAACCGGAGUCGAUAUAUCAUUCCUAUAUCCUUCUUGUCACGUACUGAGUUCCAAACCCUUCUUCACCAAGCUGAAGAAGAGUUUGGAUUUGAUAACGACAUGGGUCUCACUAUUCCUUGUCAAGAACAAGUUUUUGAGUCUCUUACUUCCAUGCUUCGGUAG